GCAUGCAAAACUGGGCAGAUCUUGAGGUACCCUAGAGUAUCUUUUCUUCAAUCCCCUGCACCAGGAGUCAUAAGAUCAUCUGAUAACCUAAGUACAGGCUUUUAAAAUACACAUUUCUGCACUACAGUGGCAGGAGAAAUGGGAAAACAGGAAAAUAAAGCCCUCAAAACACAAGGGCUGAUGAAGAAGUAAAUUCUUUCUGAGUAUCAGUAUAGGGGUUUAAAAAAAAAUAAGAAAUUUUUAGGAGACUGACACACAGGUUUGAAUCUUCUAGAUUGGCAGUUGAUGUACGUGUCCUAAAUUUCCAACCUAUACCAAGUCUUAGAGACAGAAGUGUAUUAAAACCCAUGCAACCUGUGUGGUAGCAAAUGGCAAAGUCAGCUACAUAUAUGAAUAAAAUAUAUGGUCCUACCUGUGUUUCCUGUAUUCAGGUGUGUUGCAUAAACUUUAAUUGCCACAAAAAUCUGUUGCCAUUAAUGUCAGUGGAAGUUUUCUUGUGGAAUGGCUGAAGUGAGGAUGAAGGACAUACCAGCAGAGCUGGCAGUGCACACACCUUCCCCAGCUGGGAUUUCGGGUGCCACAAUCUUUAUUUUAGCCCCCAGUGGUUGAACGGUGAACCCUUCGUUUAAAGAGAGCUUGUUUUCAAGAAAGUCCAUGGUCAAGUUUGUGAGGUGAAAAUGAAAAAAAAAAAAAAGUUUUAUAAGCACUCAGUGCUCUCCUGAACAGUGUCAGGGGAUGUGAGCUGAGAUCCCAGGGCGGUCGGGCCCACCUUUCACUGGACCCCAGUGACACUUUCCCUGACAAAGGACCCCUGAGGACUCCUGCCUGCACAGGUAAUUUGCAUGAAAAUGCCAUGUCCUCAAUAUUAGGAAGAAUUUCUUCACAGAAAGAGUGAUUAGACACUGGAAGGGGCUGCCCGGGGAGGUGGUGGAGUGGCUGGAUGUGACACUCAGUGCUCUGGUCUGGGUGACGAGGUGGUGAUUGGUCACAGGUUGGACUCAGAGGUCUUUUCCAACCUCAGUAGUUCCGUGACUGAGGGUUUUCUCUAAAUGUUUAAUAUUCAGAAUUCUGUAGAAUACUUUGUGCUGAUGAGAGCUAACCCAGUAUACCAAAAGAUGUGGCAUGCUGGUACAAGCUUCUGGUACCUGCUCGUGGCUGUCAGGGGGAUUAGUUCCCUUGGCUGUUUUGGGGGGGGGAAUCUUGGGUGAGAAAGUAAAGUGGGAGGACUCUUAAAAAUUGCAAUAUGUGUCUCUUUUGGAUGAUUGCGUGCUGUGAGAAGAUGGUAGGAUCUCUCAAGAGACCUUAGCACUGGGUGGUUAUGCUUACAAACUAAAUAUAACAAUUUCUGCUUGCCAGAGAAUCUAAAGAAAAAAAACCCCAGAUUUUCAAAAGGCAGAGUGGGUGCCUCAGCUAUUUCACUUUUCCCCUGUGUGCAGGUCGUUUGUCAAGCUCCCCCUGAGCACUGUUUGUUUAACUUCAUGUCACUCCAAAGAGUAAAUAUCUGAAGUUAUGGAUUAACUAAGUUCCAGCAGAGCUCAUGGCGGAAGAAUAGAUCACCCUGAUUCCCACUGAACAAAGCAGUGACUCCUGCUGCAGGAUGUGGAAGCACCUCGCCCUCGGGCUGCUGCUGGCUGCCUGCUCUGCUUGGGUCUGCGGCACCUCAAUAUUUUACAGCACUGAAGAUGCAAACCAGGUCCUGAGGAUCCAGAAGCGGGCGAACUCUUUCCUGGAGGAGCUCAAGCCGGGCUCUGUGGAGCGGGAGUGCAUUGAGGAGCGCUGUGACUUCGAGGAGGCCAGUGAGAUAUUUGAAACCAAGGAAUCCACACUCAAUUUUUGGAGCAAGUAUGUAGAUGGAGAUCAGUGUGCGCCACAGCCUUGUUCCAAUGGCAUCUGCAAGGACAAUAUUGGAAAAUUUUCCUGCAUCUGUAACAAAGGCUGGGAGGGGUUUUUCUGCAAUUAUGAGGUCAAGUACACCAACUGCUCCGUGGAUAACGGGGGAUGUGACCAUUUCUGUAGGGAUGACCCUGCCAACCAGGGCCGCUCGUGCAGCUGUGCAUCGGGGUAUCAGCUCAUGAACGACCACAUCACGUGCAAGCCUGUAGUGGAGUUCCCCUGUGGGAGAGUGAAGGUGGACGACACUGAAGCCAAAGCAAACCUCAAUAUUCGGCUCAUUGAGGGAACAGCUGCAAGAAGGGGAGACAGCCCUUGGCAGGUUAUGCUGCAAAGUACAAGUGGGAAGUUUCUGUGUGGGGGUGUUCUCAUCCAUCCAGCUUGGGUCCUAACAGCAGCACACUGCCUUGACACACCAACGGAGCUCAAAGUAAGACUUGGGAAAUUCCUUUUCCGCCGUCGUGCUGUCGACGAGCAAAUCAUUCGGGUGGAUAAACAGGUGAUCCACGAAAACUACACCAAGAAGACGCUGGACAACGACAUAGCCAUGCUGCACCUGGCCGAGCACGCCAUGUACUACAAGUACGCGCUCCCCAUCUGCCUCCCCGCCCGCAACCUGGCCGAGCAGGAGCUCACCAGGAGCGGGCAGCAGAUGGUGGUGACGGGCUGGGGCAGCACGAGCGACGUCAACGUCAGCUACCCCACCUCCCUGCACUACAUCGAGAUCCCCAUCGUGCCCCGCAACGAGUGCGCCCCCGCCAUGGCCUCUGCUGUCUCCGACAACAUGCUGUGUGCCGGGAGCCUGGGGGACAGGAGGGAUGCCUGCCUUGGGGACAGCGGGGGCCCCAUGUCCACCAAAUACAAGGAUACUUGGUUUUUGGUAGGACUGGUGAGCUGGGGCCACGGCUGUGGGAGAAGGGAGAAAUUUGGAGUCUACACCAAAGUUAGUCAGUACCUGGAGUGGAUCCAGCACCACAUAGAUGUGUCAGCUCCUUUGAAGGGUUGAUUCUGACCCCGAGAGUCUGGAAUGUUGUGCUGGUGACAAUAUGCAGUGUAAUGUCAGACCUUCAGUAUUAAAUAUUGAGUAUAUGUUAACCUCGUGUGCUGUUUUCCUUGGGACUUAUUUUUUUCUCUCCUUUUUUUUCUUGUUUACAUUGGUUUGUUGCAGGUUGUGUUGUUUAUCUGUGGCAUGGCCCUACUUAAGCCUUACAGGCAAGAAAAAAGAACCCUGUUAGCUGAGAUGCUGUACAGCACUGUAGAAAAUAAGGUGAUCCAUGGUCAGACAACUCCAUCUUUGAGGUGUAAAAUAUCUGAAUUGGUUGGGGUGGGGGGCAGGAGGGGACAGAGAAAACUGUUUUUGCAAGUCACCAUCGAGAUGCAGUUCUGUCAUUUCAGCUGUUCCCGCAGUAACUGUUUUGGUUUGCUCUGUAUUUGUAUAAUUUUUCUUGCAACACAGUGAAGUUUUUGUAACAUCAUUACUGCUUCCAGUCCCUUACAUCCUACUCCAGUGCUCACGUUGAUUCAGCAGGUGACUAGAACUUCUCUGUAUUUUCUAUUCUUUGCACACCUGAUGCCUGAUUUUACCCCCCCAAACUUCCUGAAAAGAGAAUGGGAACUGUAUAGUAUUAUUCAAAAAAAAAAAAAGAGAGGUUUAAUUCCAAGCUAUUGCAGGCUCUAUUUAUCCUGGGGUCUGUAACAGUCUUCUAAUUAGCAAGGUAAGCAAAUGCUUCUGUUUAUUGCUGUUCUGGUGACUGCAGUCAGCUGCAGGCUGUGUGAGCAUUGCUAAUGCUUACUGAUAAAUGGUGUGUGUUUGCAUCUCUGUCUGUGUGUGUAUAUGUCUGUGUGAGUAAAUGAUGCAGAGCACCAGUUCAUAGGAAGUAGCAAUACUCCAGGUGAAGUUUAAUAUCACAGUUUGUACUUGUUUCUAAUCUUAGCACUUGUUAAAUAGAAUUAAUCUUGUAGGAAAAAAAAAAAGCAGAACUCUUUCUGCUCUAGUGAUGUGAGUUUCCAGUGUGUGUUUCCAAUGUCUCGAGGGGUUUGGAUCAGUGAAGAACUUCAGUCUGCUCUUGUGAUGAGACUUAAACGAAAAAAACCUCAGGUACAAGGAAUUGUGUUAGUUUGUAAGAAAUUCAAUGUGGUGUCAGCAAAGAAGUUUAAUACCUUUUGUAUUUGUGGACUUGUUGACUCAGGAGCUGCCUUGGUGCUUGUUACCCAAGUGCUGAUGUUGAGUCAUUACUGAAGGAGCAGUCGGGGUAGGAGCUGUGCUCGCUGGCUCUGGCUCUCUUUUCUCCUCCCCCUUUUCCCUUGGGACAGGACUUAAGGAUGGAGGAACAUUAAAUUGAAUGCUUUGAACAGCACCCUUCUCAGCAGGCCUGCACCAGGAACAGGUAACCUGUAACCCUGAGUUGAAACAUGGUUGUGUUCAAAGAAGGGUAGGGGGUGGCAGUGCUGGUGCUGUGACAGGGCAACAUUUGCCUGCUGGUGACUGCAGUGAAUCCUCCUGCACACUCCCAGCUCUGCAAUAUUUCAGCACCUGUUUACAGAGUAGCUGGUGUGUUUUCCAGAUUAGUUGGCCUUGCCUACUGAAAGGUGACAGUGUCAGAAAUCUGCUCUUAAAAGUUCCACAUUUUCCUGAAGAAAUUUAUUGCAAAGCAGUGGCUUUUAGUAUUGGAAGAUUAUUUAAAAGACUAAAUUCUCUUUUUAAUGCACAUGUGUAUGUGUGUGGAAACACACACUUUUCUUCCAAUUUUGAAUUUCUGAUGUGUCUCAUAGAAUCCAGGUUCUCUCUCCUCUGUCAAUAUUUGUGACUUUAAUGAUCAACCUCUUGACCUCAUGGCUGUUCCUGGUGUACAGCCAAAUCUCUUUCCUGUCUUCCCCUAAAAAACAAAUAAAGAAAAACGUGAGUAUAAUUGCAUGGUUCUGUGUAAAUUGAACUCAUUCUGGAUCCUGUGGUUUUGAAAAAAUGCUGCAGGUAGCAGAGAGAAACAUGCUGUUGAAUCCUGGUAAAUCCUUUAGCCUGGGAAGGUAAUAAGAAGAAAUGCAAACUUGUGUGCUGUACCUGUGACUGCUG